AUGGAGUAUCAGCAAUAUUUAAAACCAGACUGCAUGGAAUAUCAAAAUGAUUCUAGUAAGCAUGUUCCAAAACUUAUGCAGACCUAUCAAAACUAUGCUAGCACUCUCAACCAAGGCGAUUCGCUUUAUUUAAUAGAUAGAUGAAACAAUAGAACGAAUUUAUUGGUUUAUAACACUGUGAGCGAUAGCAAGCAAACUAAAAUUUUGAAGACUCCAGAACCGCUUGACUGUAAUACAUGCAUAGCUCAACUACCAAAUGGUAAAUUAUUCUGCUAUGGUAAGAAUUUUCCAAUUUCUGGCAUCACAUUGAUAAUUGAUGAGAAUGGAGGAGUACAAAAACUGCCAUCUGGAGUGUCUUGCUAUUGGUCGUCAGCUAUCUAUUUCAACAACAAUGUCUAUUGUUUUGGAGGAAUAGGUCGGCAUAUGAACGCUUUAGCUCUAUCUCGUAGAUUUGAUUUGGAUAGGAAUCGAUGGGUCGAAUUAGCUUCAAUGCCACAAGCUGAUUGCAGUUGCAGUAGUGUAAUAUUUAAUGGGAAUAUUUUGAUAUCUGGGAGCUGCUAUAGAUCUCUUUUGUUGUACUCAAUUGAUAUUGACAGCUUCUCUACAAUUCCUUCUAAUUUUAAAGCAAAUACACUUAAAAUCUUGAUAUGUGCUGAAAGGAGACUGUAUUUGAUUGAAUGCGAUUUUUAUGGGAAAUUAUAUGAAAGUGAUAUUGGAAGCUACACUUUCUGGAGAAUAAUUGGCAGAUCAGCAUCCUUUUUUCCUUUCUCUUUUCAAGUGUAUUGGUUAUACAAUGCAGGACAGAUAUAUAUAGGAAGCAUUAAGUCAAAUAUGAUAGCCUUCUUCAAGUUUAAUCUGGAUGAACAAAAUAUAGUCGAAUUAGAAAGAUUUCCUCUCUAA